AUGCUUCCUCAGAAAUGUCUGCAUACAUUAUGGGAGUUUCUCUCGUCAUUGUUUGCUCAAUUUACCAAGACAAAAGACGCGCCACGAGCUUAUGCACCCUUGGUCUUGAAAUCCUUCAACCUCCUUCCCUUGCUUCUCGAGCUCGACUCUCAUGAAAGCACGAAUCGAAAGUUUGACCUAGCUCUGCAGUUUCUCACACAAAACAUUAGACAUCUAGAAUUGCAGCUAGAUGAGGUGUUUUCGACCAACUUUCUGGACGGCCCCCGUGCGAAUUUGGCAGCUACAUCUAUAUCCACAGUAGGUGUGCCAAAUAUCCACAUGAUUCAAAACGAUAUGACAUUUCACAUUGCCUCAGCUAUGACAAUAGCGACUGCCCAAAUCCUCAAUUUCACAAAGGACGUUGAUAUUGUGCAGCCCUGUUCACCAGAGUACACUUUCUUAGCGUCCGAGAGAUUUCACCAAUAUUUGCUAAACCUUCUUCAUGCCAGCAAUCACCCUGUGUUAAAUUUUGCUGCGCUUAAUUUGUUUGAAUUCCGUUUGUUGAAUUUGUUGCCGGAUGGUGUCUCAGAAAAAAAACAGGCGUGUUUGGUAUUUGAAAAAAUGUUUCCCCGAAUUGUCGAACUAUUAAACCACGACGUGCAAACAAUGAAGCAAAUUCCAGGCUACUUGCGUCUACCCAUCACAAUUCUUUCUGAUCUAUGUAUCAAAUACCCCAAAUUCUGUGUCCAGUUGAAAAAUACGGGUGUGGACAAACAGAUUAUGGCUGAUCUCGCCACACUCAUUGAGUUUAGUCCGGUAUUAAGCUUUAUUCAGAUGGCCAAACGAGCAUACAAAGACAGUAAAGGAAUAAUGGACUUUUCUGCGCUUAUAAAACACGUUCGGGGGCUGAAAACAGAGCUUUGGUUGGCACAAAAAUCAGAAAUCAGCCUAAUAGCAAAUCAUUUGCUUCUUCUAAGUGUGCUUACCAGCUCAAGUGAAGAUUUUCGCCGCAGGAUUACUUCAUUCUCCACCGGUAAAGAGAGCAAGUCAGAACCCAAUUUUCUUUGUUUGGCUAUUUUUGAAGUCAUUGAAAACUACCAAUUUAUGUGCACCCAACUAAUUCUUGGCUACAAAGCCUUUUGGAAAUUGCAAGAAGCGCCUUCUUCAGAGCCAUCCAACAAACUCCUUGAGUGGCUCGGUGAAAAUGUUAGUGUUUUGCUCACUUUGCUUGAACAUCCGUUAAACACUAACGCUUUUUACUUGAUGAGGUCGCUUUCUAGAUCCGUAUCUACUUUAAGAACAUUCUUUGUUGAUUGCAAUUCCAUCAAGAGCUCUUUUGUCACUUUCGACGCCAACGUGCCGCGCAGUCUGAUUUCAAAAAGAAAGGUGAACCAAGGAAAUGUUAUUUCCGACAUAAGCGCCAGAUAUGAUCGGGAUUCUACCCCAAAUAAGAAAGGCAACUUGAUUUCAUGCUUGCUCAAAAUUAUUAGUCGAAUGUCGGUAGUCGACCAUGUGGUCGAUUUCUUUGCAUCGACCAAGACUGGACUGUUCGGAAAACAGAGAAUAGCAAGAAAGGCUUUAUGUGAGAAAAAGAUUGUGACUCUUGCUAUCCUUGCCAAUUUUAUUCUUGACUUCAGUUCUUUCAGACAUGAAAUCGUCAAUCAUGAUAGGAUUUUGAGAAAUCUAGCUUUGCUUUUCAAGUCUUCGAUUCGUAGCAGAAAUCAGGGCGAGAAGAUCGAGAAUUCUGGCAAUGAGGUACAUGAGAUUGCAUUCGAACAAUUGAAGAUUCAAAUGGGCAUAUUGCAGGUGAUCAAGAAUUAUUUAUACAACGAAACCGAGGAAAAUCGAAGAAUGAUUUGGGACUUCUUUCCAUUAUCAUUGAUUUUCGAAUUAUCUCUUUAUGGUGUGUUUGUCGACACGGAAGCAGAUUCGCAACUUCACGAAAUAAGGCUCCAGCAAAAAAUAAUUGCCUUUGAGAUAUUACGAAAUUUGACAGCAGCAUCACCAUACUUCAGUGAAGCCAUUGAAAAACUCUAUGUUGAAUUCGCCACACGAAAUGCAAAUUUUCAACCACUCCCGCGUACGUGGAACAAGUACAUCUUGGAGAGUUUGUUGUCUUUCGACUUAUUUCUGCCAUUUAAAAAUCUGCGUUCGGAUAUUGACAAACUUUUCUUGAAAGAUGACGAAUUUGUUCUUCGUAUCGUUCACAAAACAGACUACUUCAAGCUUCUUGUUGCGAUUAAUUAUUUGGAGGACCAUAGAUAUACCAAUAUUUCUUUCUUGAGGGUAUCAGAUUUUCCUCAGAGGCCUCUUUUGAGGGUCUGGAAAAGGCUUUUGGAGGUCAAAUUGCUGAAGUCUCUUGAAACCAAGCUCUGUGGACUGGACGCAAACGAAAUCAUUAAACUUGCGAAUCACCUCAAUGAAGUCAAAAUCUCAAUCACUUGGAUCUUGAUCAAUCUCACAUGGAAAAACGAUAUCUCCAGUUAUCAUGCUUUUGAAGGCUCAAACUUUCGUCUGAUGGAUGUUAUUCAUACACCGCAGAAUAGCGCGUUUUCUAUUAGUCAAUUUAAUCAGUCGGGUAUUUCAGUUGGAGAUUUCGAAGAACAAGAAGAGGACGAUCCAGCAGAUUCUUAUGAUACGGCUGGCGGCUCGCAAAGAUCUUCUUUAGACAAUGAGAUCUCUUUGAAAAAAAGAGCGGAAAUACUUUACAAAGCCGGCUUUUGUGAAGUGUUAGAGACGCUUAUUGACGAUUUGUCACGUCCAAAACCUACUUUCAAACAGAGCAAGUACCUCUCUAUCGAGAGAUUUGAUUCCCUCAACUCAAAUGAUUUAUUCGAGAAGUGUAGAACAGCCCAAUCUCAGAUUGUUGGAUUCAUUCCAGCUCUUGAUGAUAGCGCAACUUCUCAUCCUCGCAUGCACCUUCCUCAGAAUCAGAGCGGGUUGUACCCGCUAAGGAGAUUAUCUAAUAUUGCUAGUUCUCGGGAAAGUGUACACAGAGACGUCAGGCAAAGAGGGGAUGAAUUUGAGUAUUGGUCCGAUGACGGAAAUGAGGACACCCUAUCGAGAUUACGGGAUGAGAGUGUGCGGGCAGCGGCUCGAAGCGAACGAGAGCCCGUUGACGAAGACGAUCAGUUUGACGAAUAUUGGCUUCAUUGA